AUGGAUAGGGUUAAUAAUUGGGAGAGGCUUGUGCGAGCGGUGCUGACGAGGGAGCGCGCCGGCCAUGGCCGGACCGGCAGCGGUAUCGCAGGAGCGGUGCCGGAUUCGCUGCAACGGUCCAACAUCAACGCGAUUUUGCAGGCCGCGGAUGCGAUUCAGUCGGAGGAUCCCAAUGUCGCGAGGAUACUGUGCGAGCAGGCAUAUAGCAUGGCUCAAAAUUUGGACCCGAACAGCGAUGGGAGAGGUGUUCUUCAGUUUAAGACUGGUUUAAUGUCGGUAAUCAAGCAAAAACUUGUCAAAAAAGAUAGUGGACAAAUAGACCGAAAUCAAGACAUUGAGCGGCUGUGGGAAUUUUAUGUGCAAUAUAAAAGGCAACACAGAGUAGAUGACUUGCAGAGAGAAGAACAGAAAUGGCGUGAAAGUGGCACUUUCAGUAGUGCUAAUAUUGGAGUAUUCUCAGAAAUGAGAAGCACUUUUGCAACAUUGAGGGCUUUGAUUGAGGUGAUGGAGGUGCUAAGCAACGAUGCUCCACCAGAUGGGGUGGGAAGGCGCAUUAUGGAUGAGUUACGAAAAAUUAAAAAUACAACUAUAUCUGGUGAACUCGUCCCAUAUAACAUUGUCCCUCUGGAAGCAUCAUCUAUAACCAAUGCCAUUGGAUAUUUUCCUGAGGUCAGGGCUGCAGUAUCAUCAAUAAGAUUUUCUGAGCAGUUUCCUCAGCUUCCAGCUGAUUUUGAAAUUUCGGGACAUCAGGAGUUUGACAUGUUUGACAUUUUGGAAUAUGUGUUUGGUUUUCAGAAAGACAGCAUCAGGAACCAACGUGAGCAUCUUGUUCUGUAUUUAACCAAUGCACAGUUGCGACUUGGUAUCCCUACUGAUACUGACCCAAAACUGGAUGAAAGAGCUGUAAGGGAUGUCUUCUUGAAAGUCCUGGACAAUUACAAAAAAUGGUGUAGAUAUUUGCGAAAACGGACGGUGUGGAAGAGUUUGGAGUCAAUAGACAGAGAGAGGAAACUCUUCCUAGUUUCACUUUAUUUCUGCAUAUGGGGCGAAGCAGCAAACGUCCGGUUUCUUCCUGAAUGCAUCUGCUACAUAUUUCACCAUAUGGCGAAAGAAUUAUUGGCAAUCUUGGAUCAUGGCAUGGUCACUCGAGCUGCAAGUUGUACAAGUGAAAAUGGUUAUGUGUCCUUUCUGGAGCAAAUUAUUUGUCCCAUAUAUAGGACACUGCAAGCAGAAGUUGAGAGGAACAAAAAUGGGAAAGCUUCACAUUCAGAAUGGCGCAAUUAUGAUGACUUCAAUGAGUAUUUCUGGUCACCUUCCUGCUUUGAGUUGGGAUGGCCUAUGAAUAAGGAUUCAGCGUUCCUGAUGAAACCUGGGAAAAGAAAACGGACAGGUAAGAGCUCAUUCGUUGAGCAUCGAACUUUCCUUCACCUUUAUCGGAGUUUCCAUCGUCUGUGGAUCUUUCUGAUCAUAAUGUUUCAGGCUCUAUCGAUUGUUGCCUUCCAGAAUGGAAAACUUAAUAUUGGUAUCUUGAGACCGUUGCUUAGCAUUGGACCAACAUUUGCUGUCAUGAAUUUUAUCGAGAGUUUCUUAGAUGUUGUACUCAUGUUUGGGGCUUAUACCACUGCCCGAGCAAUGGCUAUAUCGAGGCUUGUUAUUAGGUUUCUCUGGUGGGGCACAAGCUCUGCAUUUGUGAUUUAUGUCUACAUCAAAGUUCUGGAGGAAUGGAGUAAUAAUCCCAUUAAUUCAUUGUACUUCCGAAUAUAUGUCCUAGCGGCCGGUUCAUAUGCUGCUUUGCGAAUAAUAUUUGCUCUGUUCAUCAAAAUCCCAUUAUGUCACAAGCUCUCAGAUAUAUUUGAUCAUAAGUUCUUCCAAUUUUUCAAGUGGAUUUACGAGGAACGCUAUUUUGUUGGCCGGGGACUUGUUGAAAAGUUAACAAAUUACUUAAGCUAUGUUAUUUUCUGGCUAUUGAUCUUUGCUUGUAAAUUCUCUUUUACGUACUUUCUUCAGAUCAAACCAUUAGUCCAGCCGACUAAGAUAAUCAUAAAUCUACGCCACCUAAAUUAUUCGUGGCAUGAUCUGGUUUCACGUGACAACUAUAAUUCAUUGACUGUCGCCAGUUUGUGGGGGCCUGUUGUAGCUAUUUAUCUUAUGGAUAUUCAUAUUUGGUACACUCUGUGGUCUUCAAUUUAUGGAGCUUUGAUGGGGACAAUAGCCCGUCUAGGAGAGAUUCGGUCAAUUGAUAUGGUGCACAAGCGUUUUGACAGUUUUCCAGAGGCAUUUGUGAAGAAUCUUGUGUCUCCAAAGAUUAAAAGGUGUCCAUAAGAAAUAUAUAUUUCAUAUACUCCCCAUGCAAAUUACAAGGCGUAUGCAGCCAUGUUUUCUCCAUUUUGGAAUGAAAUCAUCAAAAGUCUGCGGGAAGAAGAUUAUAUCAGCAACAGGGAGAUGGACUUACUUUCAAUGCCAAGUAACACUGGAAGUUUAAAAUUGGUUCAAUGGCCACUUUUUCUACUUAGCAGCAAGAUCUUAUGGGCUAUUGAUUUGGCUUUGGAUUGCAAAGACACUCAGGCUGAUCUUUGGAGUAGAAUACACAAGGAUGAUUACAUGGCAUAUGCUGUCCAGGAGUGUUAUUCAAGCAUUGAGAAGGUUCUGCACUCGUUGGUUGAUGGAGAAGGAAGACUUUGGGUUGAAAGGGUGUUUCGUGAGAUAAACAACAGUAUUUCAGAAAGCUCUCUUGUCAUUACUUUGUCUCUUAAGAAGCUUCCGGUGGUGCUCUCCAGAUUUACAGCUUUGACAGGGUUAUUGAUUCGCGACCAUACACCAGAGCUUGCAAAGGGAGCAGCAAAAGCUAUGUUUGACUUGUAUGAUGUUGUUACCCACGAGCUUCUCUCCCUUGAUUUGAGGGAACAACUUGAUACAUGGAAUAUUUUGUUGAGGGCUAGAAAUGAAGGGCGCCUCUUUUCUAGGAUAGCGUGGCCUGUUGACCCUGACAUUAAGGAGCAAGUUAAAAGGCUACACCUACUUCUAACUGUAAAGGAUAGUGCUGCUAACAUUCCAAAGAAUCUUGAAGCAAGAAGAAGAUUGGAGUUUUUCACGAACUCUUUAUUUAUGAAAAUGCCUCCAGCAAAGCCUGUUUGUGAAAUGAUCCCUUUCUGUGUCUUCACACCAUACUAUAGUGAAACAGUGCUCUACAGCAUCUCUGACCUGCAGGAUGAAAAUGAAGAUGGUGUAUCAACUCUUUUUUAUCUCCAGAAAAUCUAUCCAGAUGAAUGGGAGAACUUUUUGGAACGUACUGGUCAGGCUGAUGGUGAUGCUGAAGUUCACCAAAGUACUGGUGCCUUGGAACUUCGAUUUUGGGCGUCUUAUCGAGGGCAAACUUUGGCUAGAACAGUGCGAGGUAUGAUGUACUAUAGGAGGGCUCUGAUGCUGCAGAGUUUCUUGGAAAAAAGAUCCAUAGGAGAGGACAUUACUUCAGGGUCAAGUUUCACAAGUCAAGGUUUUGAGUUAUCACAAGAAGCACGUGCUCAAGCUGAUAUAAAAUUCACUUAUGUUGUAUCCUGCCAGAUAUAUGGGCAACAAAAACAACGGAAAGCUCCAGAAGCGGCUGAUAUAGCUCUGCUGCUACAAAGAAACGAGGCACUUCGUGUUGCUUUCAUACACGUGGAAGAGAGUGCUCAAUCUGAUGGAACAUCUAAGAAGGAAUUUUAUUCAAAACUUGUUAAAGCUGAUGCAUAUGGCAAAGAUCAGGAAGUAUUUUCUAUUAAGCUUCCUGGUGACCCUAAGCUUGGAGAAGGAAAACCAGAAAAUCAAAAUCAUGCUAUAAUUUUUACUCGUGGAGAUGCUCUUCAAACAAUCGACAUGAACCAGGACAAUUAUCUGGAAGAGGCCAUGAAAAUGAGAAAUCUCCUUGAGGAAUUCCAUAGAAAGCAUGGUCUUCGACCUCCCACAAUUCUGGGUGUAAGAGAACAUAUUUUCACGGGAAGUGUUUCCUCCUUGGCCUGGUUCAUGUCCAACCAAGAGUCUAGUUUUGUGACUUUGGGUCAACGUGUGUUAGCGAAACCUCUUAAAGUCCGUAUGCACUAUGGACAUCCAGAUGUUUUUGACAGAAUUUUUCAUGUGACGCGAGGUGGGAUUAGCAAAGCAUCUCGUGUUAUUAAUAUUAGUGAAGAUAUUUAUGCAGGGUUCAAUUCAACCUUGCGGCAAGGAAACAUUACUCACCAUGAAUAUAUUCAGGUUGGAAAAGGGAGAGAUGUUGGUUUGAACCAAAUUGCCUUGUUCGAAGGCAAAGUGGCUGGGGGAAAUGGAGAGCAAGUUCUGAGUCGGGACAUCUACAGGCUUGGACAACUUUUUGAUUUCUUCAGAAUGCUUUCCUUCUUUUUCACAACUGUCGGUUAUUAUGUCUGCACAAUGAUGACAGUUCUCACCAUUUAUAUUUUCCUCUAUGGAAGAGCAUAUCUGGCUUUCUCUGGACUUGAUAGGGCAAUUUCACGUGAAGCUAAAUUGCUGGGAAACACUGCAAUAGAUGCUGUUCUGAAUACUCAGUUUUUGGUCCAAAUUGGAAUUUUCACUGCUAUUCCCAUGAUCAUGGGUUUUAUACUUGAAAUUGGAUUGAUGCAGGCUGUUUUCAGCUUCAUCACAAUGCAACUUCAGCUAUGUUCUGUGUUCUUUACCUUUUCACUAGGAACCAGGACUCAUUAUUUUGGACGCACUAUACUCCAUGGAGGGGCAAAGUACCGAGCAACUGGAAGAGGUUUUGUUGUCCGGCACAUCAAGUUUGCAGAGAACUAUCGACUUUACUCAAGAAGCCAUUUUGUAAAAGCGCUGGAAAUUGCAAUGCUGCUCAUUGUAUACAUUGCCUACGGUUACUCAAAGGGUGGUUCUUCUUCCUUCUUUCUACUAACUCUAAGCAGUUGGUUUCUUGUCAUCUCUUGGCUUUUUGCCCCUUAUAUAUUCAAUCCUUCUGGAUUUGAAUGGCAGAAAACUGUAGAUGAUUUUGAUGAUUGGACCAAUUGGCUUAUGUAUAAAGGUGGAGUUGGUGUCAAAGGAGAAUACAGCUGGGAAUCUUGGUGGAAUGAAGAGCAGAUGCAUAUUCAAACUUUGAGAGGCCGUAUACUUGAAACAAUCUUGAGCUUGAGAUUUAUCGUCUUUCAAUAUGGUGUUGUGUAUAGACUCCAUGCUGCUAAUCACAGUACAUCCCUUGUGGUCUAUGGCUUCUCUUGGGUUGCACUGGUCGGAAUCGUUAUGAUUUUUAAGGUAUUCACAUUUAGCCCCAGGAAGUCUCAAAAUUUCCACCUAAUGCUACGGUUUUUCCAAGGGGCUACAGCCAUUGGACUUAUUGUUGCCCUUUGCCUGGUUGUGAUGUUCAAAAUAAUAUACAUAUCCGACUUUUUUGCUGGCAUCCUCGCAUUUAUUCCCACUGGAUGGUUCAUUCUCUCUAUGGCAAUUACAUGGAAGAAGUUUGUGCGAUAUCUCGGGGUUUGGGAUUCGGUACGUGAGUUUGCACGAAUGUACGACGCUGGAAUGGGUAUGCUCAUCUUUGUUCCCAUCACUUUUCUGUCAUGGUUCCCUUUUGUGUCGACAUUCCAGUCACGAUUGCUCUUUAACCAAGCAUUUAGCCGUGGUUUGGAGAUAUCCCUCAUCCUUGCUGGGAACAAAGCAAACAUUGAGGCCGAUUCUUUCUAGCUUUAACAGUAAAGACAACUGAUCCCUUU